AUGGCUAGACGAAACAUCAGCUCAGGCUCUGCCUUCGAGGCACAAAUCGGCUACUCCCGGGCGGUAGUCUCGGGCGAUUUCAUCUUUGUGUCCGGAACGACAGGGUACAAUUAUGAGACGGGCGUCAUAUCCCCCGACAUCGUCGAACAGACCCAGCAGACCAUGGAGAACAUCGCCGCGGCCCUCGCGGAGGCCGGUGCCGGAAUGAAGGACGUCGUCCGCGUCCGUUACAUCCUGCCGAAUCGAAACGACUUUCAAAAGACCUGGCCUGUGCUUCAGAAAUGGCUCGGCGAUGUGAGGCCGGCUGCCACGAUGGUUCAGGCGGGGUUGAUGGAGGAAGCGAUGAAGAUUGAGAUCGAAGUCACUGCCAAGAAAGAGGGCUAA